AUGGGCUCCGUCUGCGGCAAGGAGAAGGGCGACGACAACUUCUCCUCGCCGGGCCGUCCCCUCGGCUCCGCGCCCCCUCCCCAGCCCAAGACCGCGCCCAUCCCGGCGAGGAUAGUCGGAGGCCCGCCGAGGACGCUGGGCGGCGGCGGCGGCGGUAGCAGCACCUCCGGAGAGCGGUCAAACGCCGUCGUGGACGAUGCGAAACGGAAGGCUGCUGAGGCGGCGGAGGCCCGAGCGAAAGCCGCGAGCAAGUCGACCGGGAAACUGAGCUCGCAACUGAAUGCGCAAAAGAAGCAGACGCAGGCGGAUCUCCUCAAGGACGCCAGCACCCAGCAGUUGAGACAGCGCGAUGCCGACGCUGCCGCCGAGGCGAGGACGUAUAACUAA